UCCAGAGUCUACGUCCUACCGCCUUCCCACCUCCGAGCUCAGGCCCCCAAAAUGGCGAGUGCAGCUACGGGGACGCGCUGAACGGCAGAGGCGAGCGUGCAGAGCCGCGGCGGCCCGCAGUCUGGAACCUGGCUGGGCCUUGCCACAGGGAACAUGCACUUUUCCAUUCCUGAGACCGAGUCCCGCAGCGGGGACAGCGGCGGCUCCGCCUACGUGGCCUAUAAUAUUCACGUGAAUGGAGUCCUGCACUGCCGGGUGCGCUACAGCCAGCUCCUGGGCCUGCACGAGCAGCUCCGGAAGGAGUAUGGGGCCAAUGUGCUUCCUGCAUUCCCCCCAAAGAAGCUUUUCUCUCUGACGCCUGCAGAGGUAGAACAGAGGAGAGAGCAGUUAGAGAAGUACAUGCAAGCUGUUCGGCAAGACCCAUUGCUUGGGAGCAGUGAAACCUUCAAUAGUUUCCUGCGUCGGGCCCAACAGGAGACACAGCAGGUCCCUACAGAGGAAGUCUCCUUGGAAGUGCUGCUUAGUAAUGGGCAGAAAGUUCUGGUGAAUGUGCUAACUUCAGAUCAGACUGAAGAUGUCCUGGAGGCUGUGGCUGCAAAGUUGGAUCUUCCAGAUGACUUAAUUGGAUAUUUUAGUCUCUUCCUUGUUCGAGUAAAAGAGGAUGGUGCAUUUUCCUUUGUACGGAAAUUGCAGGAGUUUGAGCUGCCGUAUGUGUCUGUUACCAGUCUUCGGAGUCAAGAGUAUAAGAUUGUACUAAGGAAGAGUUAUUGGGACUCUGCCUAUGAUGACGAUGUCAUGGAGAACCGGGUUGGCCUGAACCUGCUUUAUGCUCAGACUGUGUCAGAUAUUGAGCAUGGGUGGAUCCUGGUCACCAAAGAGCAGCAUCGGCAGCUCAAAUCUCUGCAAGAGAAGGUCUCCAAGAAGGAGUUCCUGCGGCUGGCUCAAACCUUGCGGCACUAUGGCUACCUACGCUUUGAUGCCUGUGUAGCUGACUUCCCAGAGAAGGACUGUCCUGUGGUGGUCAGUGCAGGCAACAGUGAGCUCAGCCUGCAGCUCCGCCUGCCUGGCCAGCAACUCCGUGAAGGCUCAUUCCGGGUCACCCGCAUGCGAUGCUGGCGGGUCACCUCCUCUGUGCCAUUGCCCAACGGAGGCACAAGCAGCCCAGGCCGGGGCCGGGGUGAAGUGCGCCUGGAACUGGCUUUUGAAUACCUCAUGAGCAAAGACCGGCUACAGUGGGUCACCAUCACUAGUCCUCAGGCUAUCAUGAUGAGCAUCUGCUUACAGUCCAUGGUGGAUGAACUGAUGGUGAAGAAAUCUGGCGGCAGUAUCAGGAAGAUGUUGCGUCGGAGGGUGGGGGGCACUCUGAGACGCUCAGACAGCCAGCAAGCAGUGAAGUCCCCACCCCUACUUGAGUCACCUGAUGCGAGCCGGGAAUCCAUGGUCAAACUCUCAAGUAAGCUGAGUGCUGUGAGCUUACGCGGGAUUGGCAGUCCCAGUACCGAUGCCAGUGCCGGUGAUGUCCAUGGCAAUUUCGCCUUCGAGGGCAUUGGAGAUGAGGAUCUGUAAACUGCACUGUUUGGAUAUCUGUCCUCUAACCCAGAGGAAAUUUACAGAAACUUGCCCUGUGCCUGUGCUCUAAGUUAGGGGAAGUCUUUUCCUUCCCCCUUUCUCCUCUCCCUUUUUCCUCUUGGCCAGGGGCCUCUAACCUACCUUUCCUUCCUCACUGGGCUGGCUACACAAAGGAUUGCCACCCCUCCCCCACUCUUU